UUUGUAGUCAUAUUUUGCAAAGAAUAUCUUACCGUUUGUUUACAUUGGUUUUUGCUUCCGUAUUACAUGUUAUGAGAGUUUUCUCCCUUGACGAAGCAAAGAUGGCUGAAAAGAGAGAGUCCGGUAGAAUCAAGGAUGCAGAACAGCGUCGUAUCCUUGACGAGGCUGCUAGGAGACGACGCCAAAGAAAGGCACUUGAAGCUCUUGAACAAGACAAUUUCCAGGAAGAUCCACAUGCAGAUCUUAAAAUGAGCAAAAAGGCACCAAAGUUUGAAGAAUCCAUGGAAACACAAUCAUCGCAGUCGGGCAGCAGAAAGAAGAAAAAAUAUCGUAGUGAUCUCCUGAAGUACAAAUUUAAGAAAAGCUUUGCUGCUUUGAUUGAAGAGGAGCAUAUGACGAACAGGGACCCACCAAACUAUGUUAGUGCAUGUGCACCACCAUCUAAACUACCUCCAAGACAUUUCUGUGCUGUUUGUGGAUAUACAUCUACAUAUACCUGUGUGCAGUGUGGAGCCAGAUACUGCUGUAUUAGAUGCUUGGGAACUCAUCAAGAUACAAGAUGCCUGAAAUGGACUGCUUGAGAAAAUAAGGAGUGCCUUUAGACCUGUACAGUAUGCUUAUGGACAGAAUACAUUGGGAAAAAGACUUUUCAGACGAGAUGGAUAUAGAAGCAUUAAGGCUGUGAUACGGAACCAGUCUACUGAAGUAUGGGAACCAGCCCAUAAAGUUACCUUAAUUAGUGAAUAAAAUUGUGGAUACAUCCACUGUAUGAGUUAUUUGACCAGUCUGAAAAAUAAUUGUAACCAGUCUGUUAAAAACUAGACAGUCUUAUACCAGGUGAUAGAAUUUAAAAUGACAAGAAAGAGAAGUAGAAAAUCAUCGUUCUUGUCAAGACUGGCAAUGGUAACCUGAGUUUUUUGUGUACACUUUGAUAUGUGCAGCUGUGAAGAAUCAAGUGACACAAGUUAUUAGAUAGUUAAAUGUUAGUUUCAUGACUUCGUUAUUUUCAAGGGUUUAGUUUUUAAGCUGAUAUUUCAUUUGACAAGAAAGACAAGUUAGAAAUGUUGUUGAGGUGGUGCAAAAAAUGUAUUGUUUUCUACAAUUUACAAUAAAUUUACAAUUUAUGGAACAUUAAUAAAUAUCAUGUUAUAUAAAAAAAACAAUGGUUUGAAUGUCAAACUUUGUGGUUUUCCUUUAACAUUUAACAGACAUUUAGCGCUGACUUUUUGCCAUGAUUUCUUAGAAAACAAUAAAAUGAAUGUCAUACCUAUCACGUCAGUUAUUAUAGUGAAAGGCUGAAUUUUAGGAUUGAUCAAUGAAUGUAUAGGAGAUAAGAUGAUUUGGUUACCUACCUGUCAUUGUAAAUGACUUUUACAACCAUUCAUACCAAAAACAUUGCCCCCAGCUCCCCCACCCAACCCCAUUUCCACAUUUUUUUUUUUGCUUUAUAUUUUGUGUGUUUCUUGAUAUUGCCUCUUAAUAUCAAAUCAUCAUCUCUGCAGCAAACAUAAUCUGCCUUCCAACCCCACCCCGAGCAAGCUGUGAAACUCUGGGGAGCGAUCUAGAGCUGUAAUAGCCCUUUGUUUCAGAUUUUGGCUCUUGCUUCAGAUUUCUUUUGAGGAAAAAAGUAAUGGGGACUGAACUUAGCAAAUAAGACUUGAACUUGCUCUUGAAAUAUUUUAGAAUUCUAUUAAAGAAGGAUCGUUUCCGACCGAGGUCUGUACAUUUCUUUCUGUCUCUGUUUUUCAGUUUCGUACAAACUGUAUCCUGAAAUUCUACCUUUAAGCAAAUAAGUAAACAGAAUAAGCAAGUGGGGACCUCCGUGGCCGAGUGGUUAAGGUUGCUGACUUCAAAUCACUUGUCCCUCAUCGAUGUGGGUUCGAGCCUCACUCGGGGCGUUGAAUUCUUCAUGUGAGGAAGCCAUCCAGCUGGCUUACGGAAGGUCGGUGGUUCUACGCAGGUGCCCGCUCGUGAUGAAAUAAUGCACGAAGGGGCACCUGGGGUCUUCCUCUACCAUUAAAGCUGGAAAGUCGCCAUAUGACCUAUCAUGUGUCGGUGCGACGUUAAACCCAACAAAAAAAAAAGAAUAAGCAAGUGUCAUGCGCAAGAACCAUGUCCCUAGGUCUAAGGUCAAGGUCACACUUAGAGGCCAGAUGCGAUGGCAGGCUCGACAUUCUGCCCUUGGGCAUGCAAAAUGUAUUUCUAGUUUUAAAGAACCUGUUGGCGUGAUGGAAUCGAAAACCUGGUUUUCGUGGAAUUUCCACAUUUCUAGUUCUUUAUAUAUAAUACAAAAAAAAUCAGGUACCUGAUAGUUUCUCUCCGUUCCUUUUAGUAUAUUUCUUGAUUCAAAGUACAUUAUUUUAUGGUAAGAACAUACCGUUACGCUACAAAUGAUAAAACUAAAGUGAAACUUUGUUUCUAUCCAUCACUUAAAUAUAAUGACGUCACUUCUACUUAUGGGUGUUAAUUUCCCGCGCUUUGUGUACAAACUCUACUAUCAGAAAGAGUGCUACAAAGAAAGUAUUUCUAUUUGCUUUAUUUUAUACAGUAUGCAAGAAAAAUAAUCUUUCAGAAUAAAAAGCUUAUGUGUAUACGAUAUGCAAAAAUAAUAUCAGUCAUGUGUUUACAUAUCGGAUAGAAAUGUUUGUCCCUCAGUCAUCUGCGCAUGGGCGGCAACUGGGCAAGCUUCAUUACCCUCCAAUGGGCAGGUGCCCUCGGGAUGGAUAUUUCAGUCCAGUUCAUAAACACAUGACAGAUAUUAUUAAACCAGUGCUUCCUUGAGGCAAAUCAUGGCAUGCAAAAUGUAGAUAACUGCUUCUUAAUGUAAAUGCAGUUAUCAGUUUUUUGCUCUGAGUGGAUGAAAUGAUCAUUUUGUUGUGAAUAAUUAACUUUUCUACACAGUCUAUCUUAAUUAGAUAUUAAAGAAGAGUUAGGAAAUAAAACAUUUACAUGCUCAGUCAGAAUUAUAAAGUAUUAUGUAUUUGUUUAAGGUAUUAAGUGAUUACCAUGCUUGAAAUAUAAGAAGAAUUGGUUUUCUGUAAUAGUGUCAAUUUCAUUUAUUUAUAAAGUACCAGUAACUUCUCAUGAAAAAAUAUGAAGUUUCUGCUUGAUAAAAUCAGUUUUCAAGGUUUUAUGGCAUUUUCAGUUACUGUCGGUCACUGCGUCGGUUUUCCUCCAAACUAGCUGUCGGGACCUUUAACUAUUUCUCUGUACAUACAUGAUUUAUAUAAUUAGUACAGUUAAUACAUUUGAUUCUACCAUGUGA